CAUCUCGGCAGACACCGCCAUGACGAAGAAGGACGUAGACGGAGGCUGGGCGUGGGUGGUUCUGGUGGCGUCCUAUAUGAACGGGUUCCUGCUGUCAGGAGUGUGUUACAUGGGUGGGAUGUUCCAGGUGGUUCUGUUGGAGCACUUCCAGCAGAGUGUGGGCCUCACAGCCUGGGUCACGUCAGUGUAUGCCUCGCUCAUGUUUUUAGCAGGUCCACUGGCGAGUCUCAUCACUUCCUACUUCGACUGUCGGACUUCCGUGAUGCUCGGAGGUCUGCUCCUCGCGGGAGGUCUGGCUGGAAGUAGUUUUGCAACAUCUCUCUCCGUAUUUUUUGUAUUUUUCGGAAUUAUUGCCGGUCUUGGAUUAGGAUUAACUUACACACCCUGUGUCGUCAUUGUCAGCUACUACUUUGAAAAGAAACGGAUUUUUGUGACAAGCGUGGCCCUCUCAGCCGCCGGCACCGGAUUCCUGGUCGCGCCAUUACUGUUCCGAUACCUACUGGACAACUAUGCAUGGCGUGAGUGUCUGAUCUUUUUGGCGGCAAUCUGUUUUCAUAUAACCCUGUUUGGAGCUCUUAUGUUUCCGAUACACGAAAGAAAAAGAGGACGAAAUCUCUCAAAGUUUUGCAAACAGGGACGUGAAGGACUUUCAGAGGAUGUCAAUUCCUGCAGUUUGAUCAAAGCAAAUGCAAGCGAUGAUGGUAAUCACCCAAGGGUUACGUUCAAUGAGAACAUUGAGCAAGAAAGUAAAUUCCUCAGAGGGGACAGUGAACCUCCUAAAAAAGGAACCAUUACUCAGAGUCGUGGGACAACUGAAAGUCAGUUGGAUAUUUUCAAGAACUUGGCUUUCGUUGUGCUUUGUGUGAAUCAGAUUCUGGUGAACGCAUCUUGUGGUAUCUUUAACAUUCAUUUAGCAGCCUUCUGUGAGUACUAUGGAACAGUUCCUCAAAAGGUCGCCUAUGUUCUGUCAGUGAACGGCCCAGCCAACAUGGUGUCGCGAAUCCUGCUGGGGGCGUUUUCACACGCCAGCGAGCAGAACGUGUGGAUCAUUUACAACGGAGUUCUGUUGACUUCCGGUACAAUAUUUUGUUUAAUGCCUCUCUUUGCCAAAACAUAUGUUACUCAGAUGAUAGCUGUUAUUCUCAUCGGAACGUACCUGGGCGGAUCGUAUGCUCUUACCCCUAUCCUGACAAUAGAAUGUGUUGGUGUGACAAGGCUGGCGACAGCGUUCGGGGUGACUUUGAUUUGUGCUGGGCUUGGCUUGCUUGUGGCGCCACCGCUAGCAGGAUGGUUUGUGGAUUUAACAGGAUCAUACGACUACAGUAUGUACCUUGCAGGUGGUUUAAUGUUCCUGUCUGUGUUGGUGGGUUUCGUGGUGCCACAGCUGAUCAAGUCUAAGAACGAGUACCAUAUCAAGACAGAAUACGCUGUGGACGUGGAAACAGUUGAUUCCGGGUUCGAGAUAGGAACAAGCCUUUAGUGAUAAUGUGCUUCAAAAGCAUUUACCAUAGCCCUGAGCGUUUGUGAUAUUCAAAUAUGAGUGCAAAGGUCGACGUGUUACCCAAAUAAAUGUGUGAAUGAUGGGUGUGAGUGAAUGUUGUUUAACGGCACAGUCACCAAUACUGCAGCUACACCAGGGACACUGACUUUCCGUUAAGAGAAGCACGCUGUUGUACAUUUUAUUUGGAGAACUUGAAAGGGUUACCCUAAUUAACGCUAUCAAAUAUCGUAUGGUAUAUUUCUGGGCUAAACUAUCUGUCCUAUCUAACAACAGCUGCCAAGAGUGUUAUACCAUAUGAGA